AUGAGUUGAACAAAGAAACUGCCUGCUACAGUGCACUUGCGAUUGGUCUUGGAGGUUCGCACGAUUCCCCAAAUUUAAGGAAUGAACUGAAGAGAGUACGAACCAAGUCUUUUCAUUUGGCUAAACAGACUUUGGAAAUUUUAACACAGCUUUAUCAAAGGACAGAAUAUUCUUUGCCGAAAAGAAAAAAUUUGGAAAAUUUAUUUCAUGUAUUAUGUUCUUCUAUAGAAAUAUUUAUUCCACAUUUGACGAAAACGAUUUUUCUUUUGUCUGAAUUCCCAUUAAAUAACUCUUCAUGUGAUAUUGUGCUGAUCAAUACUGGGAUAACUGACCCUCUGGUAAUGAAGAAGAACUCCUCAUCAGUUAUUCAAGAUAUAUCUACAGAUGUAGAGGUUUCUCCUCAACAGGAACUUGUAUUACUUAAAAGACAAAUAAAAGAGUUUCAAUUAAUAGAGUAUGAAAUAAACCAAAAGAUUCAUUUUAAUCCAUGGGAAGAAAAAAUUCAGGAUAUAAGUUGCAGUGAAAACAAGAAGAUGAGCCAAACAACCAACAAUAUGAAUUGUAUUAACAACAAUCCACAAGUUUCAGAUCUUUCAAGUAGUAAACCUGCAUGUUUAGAGGAGAGCAGCAACAGAAGGCUUCAAGUAAAUAUGAUUCUUCAGUAUUUUAACUGCUAUUGUUGUUGUUUAACCCCGGGUUAGUCCUGGUCAAGCAGACUUUCUGAUCAAAAACAUUCUACCCAUGACUAUCUCUUAUCUUCGGUAUAGAAAUCUCAAAAGACUGAAACAAAAAUUUAGAAAUGUAGUUCUUUUUCUCUUAUAUAUGGAUAAAUGAAGGUGCGUGGCUUAGUGGUUAGGGCAUUCGGCUCACGAUCAUAAAGCACUUCCCUUCCACUAUAGCCUUGAG